AAAGUGGGGGCUGUAUCAAAUGUCAAAGGUUCAGCUUAUAUGGAAUAUGGUAAUACCAAAGUUAUGGCCCAGGUGGAACCGCCAAAAGAGAUAAGCAAAAACAGUAACAGAAGCGGCACACUUGGCCUAAUAUUAUGCAGUGUGAAAUAUGCCCCCUUUGCCAGCCAGGAUUCGGAGGUUAUAGCCCGCAAAGAAUCCUUCAUGAGUGUGGCACUGAAAAAAGCCUUGGAACCGGUUAUAUGCCGGCAUGAAUUUGCCAAUUUCCAGUUGGAGAUUAAAGUGUUGAUAAUCGAUGAUGAUGGCUGUGCUUUGAGUACAGCCAUCAAUUGUUGUGGUGCUGCCCUCAUAGAAGGUGGUAUACCCACCUAUGAUUUGUUAACCUCCUCCACAGUGUGUGUCCUAAAUGGCCAGGAAUUUAUUAAUCCAACAGCUGAAGUCGAAGAACUUCUCCGUAGCCUGCCAGGAUGUGAUGAUUCUGCGCAAGAACAUGGCGUUUUGGUAACAGCUAGCCUCUCGGGUGUUGGACAAAUUUCAGAAUGUUUUCAAAAGGGUUAUCUUUUGCCCGAAACUCUGGAACGUUUAUGUGACCAUUCGCUGGCCAUAAAUCUACGUAUGUUGGACACUAUUAAACAUGUGCUGGUCAAUAAGGUUAAGCAACACAUUGCCUGUCAAGAAGAAGAAGAAACAGCAACAUCAGAUGAAGAAUUACCCAAUUCGACAUCAUAA